AUUCCUUAACUACGAAGUUUCAAUUUGUUUCUUUUCUUUAAAAAAAGAAAAAGAAAAACCAUUCACUAUAUAAUAACAGAGCGGAGCAAGGUCACACAUACCAGAUCAUUUAUCUUCCUUUCUUUUCGGCUUCUCUUCUUUUUACCGGCUGGUUCUUCUGGUAAUUUUAUGCCUCACGGAUCAGGAAAAGGAAGAGGUGACGCCAAUGCUGGGUCGUUCGAGGAAUUUUUUGAAGGAUGGCUUGUACGGCAGGAGCACUAUCUCGACGAACUUCUUUCUGUUGAGCAACAUUAUCACGAAUCUCGCGAUGAGGAUCUAAAAGAUCUUAUUGCCAGAGUUCUAUCUCAUUAUGAACAGUACUAUGAAGAGAAGUCUCGGAUGGCUCAACGAAAUGUCUUUCUUGUCUUUUCUCCGCCUUGGUUCACUCCAUUUCAGCGUACCCUUCUCUGGAUCGCCGGUUUCAAACCGGCACUGACUUUCCAAAUAGUUAAUGGUUCGGUCAACGAUUUAUCUGAAGAUCAGAGUCAACGGAUGAGUAGGUUAAAUGAGGAGACUACAGCGAGUGAGAGAAUAUUGACAGAUGAGUUAGCGAGAAUUCACGAGAGUGUAGCGUCGCCGCCGUUGCUGGAUUUGGCGAGACGGCAAGGGAGGGGGAGGUGGGAAGAAGACGAAGUAUCAUAUAAAUCGACGAUUGGUUCGGCGAUGGAGUCGCUGGUGGCGACAGCGGAUCUAUUGAGAACAAAUACGGUGACUAAAGUGGUGGAGAUACUGAAUCCAGUACAGAAUGUGAAGUUUUUGAGUGCAGCAACUCAACUUCAUCUUAGAAUUAGAAAUUUGGGUUUACAAAGGCAACGUCACAGAUGUUGACAAUGAAAUUGCAAUAUGUUCGAGAGAGAUAGGGUAGCAACAAUGGUCAGUGAAGCUUCGUUGUCUUCAUAAUGUUGAUAUUUUUCGAGCUCGUGGGUAAAGCCAUUGAGGUUUGAUUAGAGGUUAACGGUUACCUUACAGAUAAAUUAACAGAGGUUUGAUUAGAGGCUAACGGUUACCUUAUAGAUAAAUUAGUAGCGUGUGCUUGUCCUGUGCUUAUAGUCUGUACUCGACCCUAACGCCACCUUCGCUAUAAAUAAAAAAUUAAAAAAAAAAAAAGGUUAUAGAAGAUGGAAGAGGUCCGUCUCGUGUAUGUUAAAGCCACCCAUCGGUCUGAUUCAAACUAAAAUCAGACUGGUACCUACUCGGCAGAACUGAACUGAAAUCAACAGUAGUUUCAAUUACGCACCAAACCAAAUUAUUGGUUCGCAGAACCAGUUCUUAUCCGAAGCCAUCAAUUCAGUCAACUAACUCUGUAUUCAGAUAGAGCUACCUUAGUUCAACGAGCUAUAAAAAAUUAGCGAAUUCCAGUAUAUCUAUUAACUCUGAACCAGCUACAAUUUCCUGCCAUGAAUAUAAUCCAAAGUUCUAGAAAUCAAUUCUUUUAGGUCCCCUAGCUGGUAAUUCCAAACCAAGGCCAUGAGCAGAAUUUCGUUAACUUAUUUCACAUGUCAUGUUCUAUAUUGUAAUAUUCUAUUCUAUGAUUUCCCUUUUUAUGGAUCA